AUGGUUUACCUCGGAACAUCGCCCUUCAGGGGCAAGAAGGAGCAAGAAGCAUACGACCGGACCAUGGCAGGGAAGUAUUACAAGCUUUUGCGCAAAAACCACUUUUUGUAUUUCGGACUUCCAUUCAUGCUUAGCAUUGUGGCCGGGUCUUUCUACCUCCAAAAGUUCACCGCUCUCAAGUGGGAAAGAUGGGAUAAUAAAUACCAACAGGUGAACGAGGAAGAAAUGCUUGGAAUGAUUGAAAAUAAACGCAAGUUCAACAAGAAAGACGAUUUCUACCGUCUCCAGGGAUUACUACAGGACCAUUCGCAGGAAGUCUCGGAAGACUACGAGAUUGUGAGAGUGGCCAGGAAGAAGGAGGACGAGCCUGUGUGGUGA